AUGGCGUCAGAGCUCGAAGGCUUGAUCGCGAGCCUUUUGGUGCAUAUCUCAUGUUAUGGAGAAGAAGGGUGUCUCGUACAAGACGUUUUGAAAGCAAUUCAUCAUCCCUCAGCUCACACAGAAGCACUGCCAAAAGGCAACUCUCCUGUACAAGACCGUACUGCUGCUAUCAUCUGGAGUUGGCUUGCUGCAAGACGGGAUAUUUCUGUUGGCGCUGAUCGCGAGUUCAAUCAUCUUUCCUUAGAUGAAGUUUUAGCGCUUUCAUCUUCUGGUGGUGCCCCUGGACAAGAUGCAGAGACUUCGGGAUCGCAGCCAGAAAACUCGACAUCAACCAGCAAUGUUCGUGUGCGCGCUUCCGAAGAUACGAUGUGGGAAUCCCUCACUGGCCAUGCCGUUGAUUAUAAGCGAGUUCCCAAAUCCGAGUGGAUGUUACUUUUGGGCAUAGCUUCAACAACCACACAGGGAAUCCUCCAGGGUGAUCUUGGACGCCUAACGGAUCAAGACAAACGAUCUGUGCCGAAAAGGACGGAUUCCCUUCUCAAAAAGGGGUACAUCGUCAAGAGAACAACUCUUGUUCGCGGAACUAAAACAAGCAAGAUGUGGCUGAAGCUCUUCGCCCCCCCUUUGCCCAAAGACAGUGAAGGCACAGACGAAGUUCGACCAGACAUGACACUGACUCGACAAGUACUCGUCGAGGAUCUCGAGCCCGUUCCAUGGCGCACCCGAUGGAUUGGCGAGUCUAUCGACUACAUCGCAUUGGCCACCACCAUCAUGGCUAUCGUCAAAGAGUGGGGAGUUCUUCAAAUGAAAGACAUGAAGUCGAAGCUUGGCGUUCUAGGAAUGCGCUGGCAGAUGAAGGUGCUGGCGAAGGUCUGCCGUUUUCUUAAUCAGAGGGGUGUCAUCCAGUACGUCGCCGCGAAGCUAGGAGAUAAGGUGUUCAAGGAUUGUGUCAAGUAUGUCAGGGAUCUCAAUUCCGAAGAUUGGUCGCUGUACCUCUCAACAGGCAAGAGAAAAAGCAAGACCCCUCGAAACCCAGAUCUUGAUGGUCUUGACGGAAACAAACAGCUCAUAGGGCAGGCUUCCAACGUUCCCGAGAUAUCGAAGGCACCACCGUGGUCUCUGGACAAACCGGUUCCUGUUAUAAUUGCGGAAAUGGCGAAACAACUAGGCGAUACUGGGCUUACGAAUCCCGAUGUCUAUGCCUUGACGCUGGGUCCUUCAUACAGUCGACACCUCUCCUCAAUGACUACUGCACUGUCUGUCCCGGAGUUGCAACCGCCUCAUCUAGCUCACUUUCAGAUCUAUAGCGAGCACACAAGAUCUGGAAAAGUAGCAUCCUAUCGGUACUUUGCACCAAAUGACCUACCGGACCCUCUGUCGACACCGAUGGAUACCGCAGAUCAGUCGUCAGUUACUGAUAGAUAUGGUUUCCCGCCUGCUCAGCCCACAGUAUUGUCAUCUGAAGCUCCACCGACACUGGCUGAACUGUGCAAUAUGGGCAUGGCCCGCCGUACAACUAAAGGCCGUCCUAAAAAGCCCAAGGCUAAAAAAGAAAAGCCUGUGCCUGCUCCAAAGAAAAAGGCAUGCCGGAAACGCCGUGAAGAGGCGUCAGAAAUCUCCACACAAUCUGACCUUGUUGGAGAGGCUAGCAAGCCUCAGGAAGCCUCUGUUCCUCAAGAGAUUGUUGUCCCCCAAGAAGCUGUUACGUCUCGAGAAGCUGCCCCAACACAGGCACAAGAAACAACCGCUAAAGAACCAGGAAAUCCCCGUCAAGAGAUUGCAAAACAUGUUGAAGCUACUCAAACAGAAAAUGACGGCACAAAACAGCAGAAUGCAGCACCCGAGCCAGAAAAGUUCGACGGACUCAUGGUGACACUCAAAGUAUCCCCAGAUGUCCUCAAAGAACCCCCAGAAACACCACAGGCAGCUCUGACAACCCCGAUGCGGCCGAAUCGAACUAGGUCGACAAGGUCCUCAGCUAAGAAACCCGAAACAGGAGUCACAGAAACCACUGCCGAAAAUGAGGAGUCGCAAACGCAGGAAAGCAUCAGCAGUGAGCCGAAAGAGGAUUGCUCUAACGAGCAGCUAGUAAGUGGGAGGAAGCGCGGCCGUCCAAAGAAGGGUGAAGUGAGAAAAAAGAGACACGAAGAGCAACCCGAUGGAAACCCGACUCCUUCAAAAUCCUGGGUAUGUGAAAAAUGUGGGAAGGCAUGGAAGAAUGAUAACGGGCUGCUAUAUCAUCUUACCAAAUCCCGGACGGCGUGCAAUCCAUCAUUUGAAGAGCCUAUCGUAACGCCAGCUCGGCGUGGGAGGAAGAGAGCUGCUUCCGAAAUUGAAGUAGAGGAACAGGUUAACGCAACACCCAUCGCGGACAAACCACAAGGCGAAGUAGAAGAAGAAGCUACGGCAGAGGACAACACAGAACUACUCAACGAAGAAGACAAUGAUCAAGAGAAAGGCUCGGACAAGCACCUGGAAAAGAAUCAGCAAGACAAAGAAUCCAGCCUUGUACGUGAGGAUGGACCAACACCGAAACGAAUAUCAACGUUGCGCGGCCCUGUUGCUGCUCGCCCAACGUGGUCCUCAAGACCAACAGUCAGCUUUAAAGUGCACGCGAACACAGAACUUCAUCGACCUCCAGUUACCAUGUUCGACUCGCCGAGGCGAUCUUCGCUUUUGCACGGAACCAAUGGGGCCCUUGUUCAAGGCGAAAAUAGCCAACUACGACCGAUUUUAGGGUCUUUGAAUCGGUUCAAUUUGCCUGGAGGUUCCCAAAAAACAUCUGGCCCCAAAUCUGAAAGAAAUGGACCUCAGCUAGCCACAACUUCUCACCCAGAACAACUCAAGUCUUUGCAUCCUGGGAUUAAUGAAACACCCAGCAAAUCCGGCUCUGUGACUAAGGCUAAAACACCAACAACUGUUGGCACCCCGCUCUCCAAGGCUGUCAUGAACAGCCGUAUAUCCCAGAUCGUUCAAGGUAUUCUGGAGGAGCAACAAGGUGUCUUCCCGGGUGGCAAAUCCUUAUGGACGGCCAUUACUCUUCGAUGGACAGAAUCCUACUCGGAAGUAGCGCCGCAAAUCCGCACAUAUCAGGCUGCUCUCCGAGAAUUGUUGAAGAACAAGUGCGCAGCUGAGCAUUGGCUCACUUUUCGCAGCAGAAAGGGUGUGACCGAGAAGUGUCAUAUCAUCGUCCGACCUGGGAUUGAUCCAUUUUCCCCAGAAGCUGAUGAGGUAGUGCUAAAGAUCAAAGAUGCCCACCCAGAUCCAUAUCUUCCGCCUCCAUUUGAUGCUCAAGUGGACAGCGACUUGCUAAAGCGUGGCCGUCGAGAUCUCCCAGAAGAGGUUGAGAUGCUCGAUGCCCCUGUCUAUGUUGCACGAGCUGCUCAGAAGCGGGCCGCCCAGGACGAGUAUGACGACGACGGUGAUGAUUUCCCACCGCCCCAAAAACGAGGCCGAAAACGCAAGAGUACGUUUCCAGAAGGGCGCUCUUCGAAAUCGAGGGCAUACCAAAACGAAAUGGGAGAGCCAAUGCGUUAUGAACACUUUGAAUCCUCCCAAGGCGCUCCUGAGGCCCUUCAGUUUCUUGACCCUAACACAUUCCUGGAUGAAAAUGAUGUUGAGGGAUCAAAACAUUACUUCAGCAACAGGUUCGGUACUGCCUGGCAACAAGGGUUCUCAGCUCAUCCAUCUGGCGAGAUUGUUUUUGAUAAACCGAUUAUAGUAUCUGGCUAUGAUGGUAUUUGGCCGUAUAUUGCCCCUCAGGAUUUUGAGAUGCAGGGUGCCAGCUACACCUUGAAGGGAUGGAUGCCCGAUAGCAACUGGUUCGCUUGGUCGUCAAUGAUAGAAAUGAUUGACCGGAAAGCACACUCGCUCAAUCGCCAGAGCCUCCAACGUCACGGCAGACUCAGCCAGUAUCAGUCUUUUGUGGCGCGGGCAUAUAUCUGUACUGACCUUGAGCGUGCAUGGUCAGAUUCUUUCAUUCACGCACCACCUGGAGCGGCAGGCCCUUAUAACAUUUUUGUCUCAUUCUCUAGUGAGGCCGGCGACGAAACUAUCGAAACCCCUACAAUUUCCUGGCCUUCAGAAUGGCAGCUUACGCCGAAGUCAUUCACCGAAAACGUUCCGGACCGUGCUUUGCUCGUGGACGCCUCUGAUGAGGAAGAGGAAGAGGAAGACGACAGUUUCGAAUGGCCAAGUUUCCCCGCGUUUUUACAAAAACCAGGAUACAGAAUCUCUCGAGCUAACCGUAGAGGCCGAGGUGGUCGACCUCGAGGUUCCGGUAGCCGACUGCGAGCAUCCGCUCGACAAACGCCACAGCAACCGAGAGUUAAACGUGUGCGCCUCGUCACACGACCUUUAAUGCCCCUUCCCGAUAAUACAGACCAACCACCAAGUCAAGUCGAUCCCACGCCUUUGAUCCGUGGGGAGGAGGCAGAGCGUCUCCUUGCUGCAUUGGUUGCCGUACGCGUGUUGCUAGGCGGAGCCGACAAAUCCAUUGAUUGGGGUCUCUUGCUCAAGCUUUUUCCCGAUCUUUCUAUCAAAGACAUGCGCCGAUUCUGGGUUGAUGCUCGCAGAGAUCAGGGUGCAUAUAUCAGGAAGCUUACCAAGGAUUUCCAGGAUCGAUUCAUAAUUGCUUAUUCUAAGAACGAGCUGCCGGAAAUCGAUUUUGAGGACCCUAUGGACUAUGACUGGUACAGUUUGAUUGACUGGACACUCGAGCUGCCGCGACGAAGAGGCAUUGAUCUUCCAGUAACGAGGGGUGCCCUGGAAAAUGACUUUACCUUUCAGGACGUCACUCCCCAUGAUGAAGAAGACCCCCGAGAGAAAUUCUACAACCCUCAGACAUCUGUUUUCGCUCGCUUUGAGGCCGUCGCUACUCCAUCUGUUGUUGUUGUCGAAAAGAUGCUCAGUGGACCCAGUGUUGAGCACAUCGAAAUCACUGAAAAUGACAUUGCCAGGUCUUGGGUACGAUCCUUGUGCUGCACAGAUGAGAGCCGUUACACGGUUGAGCAGAUCAAGCAGAAGUUCUCUACCUUGGCAGGUGGUGACCAGGACAAGAUCAACUUAUUACUGAAGGAGGCCAUCGAUGCUCUGACACAGCAGCGCAUCAUCUGUAAAAGCAAACGGCCGCCGCUUUCUGGGAGACCUUUCAGACUCAACGAGCAAUUUGGACAUGUGCUUUCGAAGCUUGCGCAACGGACCAAAUACAAGGACGCUGCUGAUUUCAAAACGCAGCUGGAUGCCACUUUCCGCCGUGGUGAGGCCUAUCGAAUCCCUUUCACACUCAAUGACGGGUCGGUAAUGGCGUUGAUAAAUCUCAAUGCGAGUGAAAGGAUUAGACUGGUUCCAGUCAACGUGCCUCACAUUCCCUUGGGUUUUAAGCCUGGCCAGUACGAGAUGCGCAAGCUGAAGAAAUCACUCUAUUCCCAUGAUCUUGAAGCGGUCCCCACGGACUUGUACAAGUAUGACGAACAGAUCGAUGUGCUGCGUAAGAGCGUCUUCGAAGGACCUCCAGCCGCAGGCAAAGACAAAAAUAGCGUGCUUCCACAAUGGGUUGACUUCUUUGGACGCCGGGAAGCGGAACGGUGGAUGGAUGUGCUGGGUGCUUUCUGCUUUGUGUAUGCGAACAGAGGUCUUUUGACGAUCGAAGGUGUAUGCAAUGCCCUGAAACCAGUUCUUGAAGAGUUCGAGGCUAAGCUCAUCAUGGACUGGGGCGUAAAAACAGGCGUACUCAAGUACUCGGAAGAAGGUCUGGGACUCAUGGUAGGGGAAUGGUGGUGGCUGGCUGUCCCUUGGCAAUGGGGGCGACAGUUUAAGCUCACAGGCUAUGAUGAGAGUAUGGAUUAG